AAUUUAAUUUUAAAGAAAAUAAUAAUACUUCUGCUGUUUAUGCACUUCAGACACUUUAGAACUUCGAAAAUUCAAAUUCUUAUUGCUGAAAUGUGUUUGCUCGUAAUUUGAAUGGAUUGACAUUCAACAGAGCUUAGAAAAAGCUAACGCCAUGGCAGCAGUGGCUGGGGUGCAUGCAUCUCUUCUUCUAACAUCUCCAAUUGUUUCUAACAAUCCAAAGAUCUCCCCUUCAUUUUAUUCUUCAAAUGCCCAUAAGCAUAAUCUCACAAAAUUCUUCACUCCUAAUUCAGACAGCGGUAAAGGCAAUGGGAAUGGCUGUCAUUUGAGGGCAAUUAAGGCCAAGAAGAAUCCAUGGCUGGACCCAUUUGACUAUGGGGAGGACCCAGAUAUGGAAUAUGGAGAACUAUUCGCAGACGGAAAGCAGGAUGCAGAAUAUCCAAGGCCCCCUGAUAACCCAGACAGUGAAUAUGGGUUUCUCAAGUUCCCUAAGGGCUACAAUGUUGAGAUUGCUUCACUUGGUGCAAUGCUGAGAGGCGAUGUGAGAGUGUGCGUGUGCAUGGUGGCAGGUGGCGUUUAUGAGAACUUGUUAUUUUUCCCUGUCAUACAGCUGCUCAGGGACAGGUACCCCGGAGUCAGGAUAGAUAUGAUUGCCACAGCAAGGGGCAAGCAGACUUAUGAAAUGAAUAAGAAUGUCAGAUAUGCUAAUGUUUAUGAUGUUGAGAAAGAAUUUGUUGUACCUGCAGACUAUAUGGAAGCAGUUGGUAUGCUUAAGAACAGGUAUUAUGACCUAGUUAUCUCAACCAAAUUAGCAGGACUGGGGCAUUCAAUCUUUAUGUUUCUGACAUCUGCUCGUACAAAAAUCAGCUAUGUUUAUCCAAAUGUGAAUGCGGCAGGUGCUGGACUGUUUCUGACCGAAGCAUUGAAAGCACCUCAAUUGGAUUUAGCUGAUGGUGGAUAUAACAUGUACAAAGAACUAAUUGAGCAAUUGGCACAGCCAGGCCGAAAUGUACCCAGGCAACCUGUCCCACCAUUGAGAAUCUCAAUCUCAAGAAAGCUGAGGGAGGUUGUAGAAACCAAAUACAAAGAUGCAGGUUUGAUGAAAGGGGAAUUCCUUGUAAUUCACGGUAUUGAGUCUGACUCUGCAGCAACAAUGCAGUCAAGGGGAGACUGUGAUAGCCUGCUUCCUAUAAAGUUCUGGGCUGAUCUUUCAAGAUCCUUAAGAAGUGUAAAGGUUCUUUUUAUCAUCCCUCAUGAAAGGGAAAGGGAAAACAUUAUGGAGGCAGUUGGUGAGGAUUCUUAUAUUGUGUUCAUCACCACACCUGGCCAGUUAGCAGCACUCAUAAAUGACUCCAUUGGUGUGGUGGCAACUAACACAGCUGCAAUACAGCUUGCAAAUGCAUUGGAUAAGCCCAGUGUAGCUUUGUUUUCCUCAAUAAAGAAAGCAAAACUAUUUAUUCCCAAUGCCACAGAGAAAAGGUGCACCAUCAUUGCAUCUGAGACUGGAAAACUGGCAGACAUAAAUAUGGAGGAUGCAAAGGUUGCCAUAAAAGAUGUAUUUGAGAAAUCAAUGGUUGCUGCUUAGCAGGAGAGAAAUUCUUUCUUGCAGGACCACUUUCUCCAGGCCAAAAUGUGUAUCUAUAUGGUUUGUUGUUGUAAUUGACCUACAUUCACGCAUGUCAAUUUCAAGGCCUUUGGAGGUUACCAUACUUAGAAGUUAAAGCCAAUGCUUCCAAGAGUGUUGAUUGAGACUCUGCCCAUUUUAAGCACUCUGCUUGCACUGUGCCAAAUGUAUAUUCAUGGGAAUGAUUUCUUUUCCUGUACAAAUAUUAUAUUUUCAUGAUUUCAGUCAAAAUAAAAUGGUUUUUAGAAAUCAAA